AUGGUAUGUCGGCUCAAUAAGGCAUUAUACGGUUUAAAGCAAGCUUCUUGUAAUUGGUUUUCCAAAUUUUCUUAUGCUAUUCAAAAGGCAAGCUUCACUCAAUCAAAGGCUGACUAUUCUCUAUUUACCAAAUCCAAAGGUAACACAUUCACUGCAGUACUUAUUUAUGUGCAUGACAUUCUUAUCACUGGCAAUAAUGAAUUGGUAAUCAAGUCUUUCAAAGACUUCCUUUUCCAACAAUUUCAUAUCAAAGAUCUUGGAAAUCGAAAAUAUUUUCUUGGCAUUGAAGGCUCCCAGUCCAAAAAGGGAAUUUUCAUUUCCCUACGAAAAUAUGCAUUGGAUAUUCUGAAUGAUGUGGAAUUAUUAGGAUCUCGUCGUAAUUCUUUCCUAAUGAAGGCAUAUUUGAAAUUGAAUCCUGAUGAUGGUAAUCCAUCACAUGAUCCAACCAAAUACAGAAGAUUCGUUAGGAGAUUGAUUUACCUAACAGUAACAAGGCCAAAUUUGGUAUACUCUGUGCAAAUCUUAAGUCAAUUUAUGCAGAAUCCUCAAAAAACACAUUGGGAAGUUGCUCUAAGAGUUUUACGUUUCAUUAAAGGGAAUCCUGAUCAAGGAUUAUUCUUUCCUUCUUUCAAUAAUCCUACAUUAAAGGCUUAUUGUGAUUCAGAUUGGGCGGAUUGUGAGACAACUCGACGGUUAAUUACAGGAUUUUGUGUAUUUUUGGGCAAUUCUUUGAUUUCCAAUAAAACAAAGAAACAAACCAUUGUGGCUCGUUCUUUCAUUGAAGCUGAAUAUCGAGCCAUGGCAGCAUCAUGUUUGGAAAUUACAUGGAUAUGGCACAUUUUGGAAGAUCUCAAAGUUUCACAAAGUCAACCAACAUCUUUAUUUUGUGACAACCAGGCAGCUCUCCACAUUGCAAAAAAUCCCAUCUUUCACGAACACACAAAAUAUAUAGAGAUUGAUUGCCACAUUGUUCGUGAAAAAUUGUAA